AUGGAGAGAAGAAAGUCACAAAGGAAGAAGAUCGAAAGGGAAAAGGCAGUUAGAAAAGAGUCAGUAGGGAAACAUCUGGAUGAGAAAGGUCCUAGAAAAUUUGAACUGCGAGUCAGUCUCAGAUUAUCAGAAAAGCAUGAGACACAAGAAACGCAACUUGGUAAAAGCAAGAGUGUACACUGGCGACAAAAAAUGAAGCAAAAUCCAAAGAAAUUUGAGACCUUCAAGAAGUUUGAUGCUAUCAGAGCUCAGAUAAGAAGAGAUGAGUUGAAGACGGAGUUACAUAAGCCUGGGAAUGAAGAACUGCUGAAGCUGUACAGAGCCAAAAAAGCUGAGAAGAUGCGAGAAUUCCGUGCAAGAAAAAAACGUGAGAAAGAAGAAGAGGAAACAAAGAAUGGGAAAAAGCCAAAGACCCGUGCUCAAAUAGAAAAGGAAAAAGCCAGAAAAGCCAAAGAUGCUGCUAGAAAAAGAAGAGAGAGAGCUAAAAUGCCCAACAAGAAGAAGAGACAGAUCAAUGCGAAGCGACGUGAGCAGAGACGACGAGAAAAGGAGAGACUUGCGCUGGUAUUGGAACAUGAAGAACAGGAAAAGAAAGAAAAAGAAGAGGAACAAUUACGGCAAGAAAUAAAACAUCUUCAAGACAAGUUGGCCAAACACGAGCAAGCAAAGCAAACUGCAGCUACAUGUAGAUCUAAAGUGGCAAAAUGA